CAUGAUGUGUCAUGAGCUGUCCCUCCCUUCACCUUUAUCCUUCAGGACAUGUUUGCUCAUUGGUGUACCCAGGGAGGAUGGAUAUAAUUGCCCUGCAUCACAAUUUGUUUUAUGAGGCUUGUAUGCUUGAUUUAAUGAUUUUAUGGGGCUUCAGCCACUGCCUAUUGGCCAAUGCUCCAGGCAGUCUGGGACAGGUAUAAAAGAGCUGAGGGCUUCUCUGUCCUCUAUCCGUCUUCCUCCACUUGACUCUCCUGAUCAUUGUGCUUCACCUGCUGAACCAAAGGAUGUCCUGCUCCAGCCUGUGCGUCCCUUCCUGUGGGGUGGCCGCCCCGGCCCCCCUGGCUGACACCACCAACGAGCCCUGCGUGCGGCAGUGCCCCGACUCCACUGUGGUGAUCCAGCCCCCGGCUGUGAUGGUCACGCACCCCGGACCCAUCCUCAGCUCCUUCCCGCAGCACAGCGUUGUUGGCUCGGCAGGAGCCCCUGGUGUUGGAGGGGGCUAUGGCGGCACUUUUGGAGGCCGUGGUGGUUUCGGAGGCCUAGGAGGCUAUGGGCUUUAUGGGAGCUCUGGGCUCUAUGGGGGCUACGGAGCCCUUGGGAGCUGUGGAUAUGGCGGCUGGCGCCGAGGCCACAGGUACCUCAAUGGCAACUGUGGGCCCUGCUAGGCCCCAGAUAUCCAUUGAGCUGAGCGCUGCCUCUGCCCUGGGUCUUCACAUGUAGCCUCUCCUGUCUUCUACCUCCAGAUGCAGAGCAAAGCUGUCAGCCCCGCUCUAGGCUGUAGCAAAGCAGCUACUUGAACUUUAUGGUGCUUGCUACUUUGCACAGAAUAAUCUUACAGAUCUUCAGCCAAUGGUUUUAGAUUUUCUAGCACUGCCUCCAAAGUUCCCCUCUAGUUGGGACAGAAGGAAGCUGUACUCGUCCUCAGGCAUGAGUGUCCCCUGCUCCGUCCAGCUCUGAGGCUCCCAGCCUGCAAUAGGAAGGGGGAAUCAUUGUGGUGGAGCCCUUGGGAACCUUUGGGGUGGGUGUCUUGCUGCAGCCUCAUGAUUGUCAUGUUUCCAAUCCAUUGUUUCUGUGUUAUUUCCUGAUGUCAAUGUCUAUUGCCUUUUCCUUCCAAAUUAAAGAAUCUGCAUUGCAUGAA